AUGUCCAGUAACAAAGUUGUCAUCGUUGGUGCAGGAUGGAACGGGUUGACCGUGGCGAAAACGUCAGUCUUUUGUCUCUUACAACCACAGAUUAGCGUAAAGGUAUUUACAUUGGGCAGAUAUUUGCAGGUUGAUCCCACCAUCUCGCUCACCGUCCUCGAGGCCGAGAGGUCUUUGGGCGGGACGUGGUCGGCCGACCGUGUGUACCCGGAACUGCAUACUCAAGCACCUUAUGGAGCGUACGAGUCUUGCGACUUAUCAAUGACGCGGCCACCAAACGCAAAACGCGAGCCAGCCGAUUUCAUUCCGUCGAACCGUGUCCACGAAUACUUGCAGGAGUUUGCCACCAAGUUUAAUAUCGCCGACAAGAUUCGGUACAACGUCUCUGUGAAACACGUGCAGCGUCAUGAAGAUGGAGUACGCUGGACCCUUACCGUGCUCAACGAGAGAGGGGAACAAGAGACGAUCGUUUGCGACAAGUUGGUCAUCUCGACGGGUCUCACUUCCCUUCCUACCAUUCCAGAUAUUCCUUCAGAGAGCUUUGAGCCUCCAACAUUUCACUCACGAUUCCUUGGAGCGCGCUAUGAGGAAAUGCGCUCACCAGAGAUCAAGGUAGUCACCGUGUAUGGCGGAGGAAAGUCUGCAUAUGAUGCUGUGCACGCGGCUACUAAAGCGGGGAAACAAGUACAAUGGGUAAUCCGGACGAGCGGUGCCGGUAUGGGUGCAAUGGCCACUCCAGAGUUUGGCGGCAGUUCGAUCAGCGACAUCAUCUUUACGCCUGCGAUGGACUACAACUAUCCUCAUCCGCUUCGGGACACGUGGUGGGACAGGUUCUUCCACAGCGGCAAGAACUGGUUUGGAUAUUGGCUGCAUUGGACGAUUUCUGGGCUCAUGAGCAGAGUCGUCACUGGAAAGAUGGGUUACGACGAGAACGAUGCAAUGAGAAAGCUCAAACCGGACGUCGUGGACCGCGUCAUGUACUGGCACAAUGGUCCUUUACUCGCGGUUCCAACGAUGGAUAUCCUGGAUAAAGUCAGACGCGGCGACGGUAUCACGAUUUACCGGGCGGACAUUACAAAAUUAUCGGGGAGACAUGUUCACCUUGCAGAUCAAACGACAUUGACCACGGACAUGCUUAUCUAUGCCACUGGAUAUAGCAUCCAUCAACCCAUCUUUUCAGAACAAGACGCCUACGAACUUGGGCUCCCUGUCCAGAUUUCCCAUAUCCCUUCACUUACAGGGAACCACGACGCACAGUGGCCGACACAAGCCAUGGAAGAGGCAGAUAAAGAGCCAAAGAAACCAACCUAUACGCAAUACCGUCUUUACCGUUCUAUUCUCCCCUUUCCUUUGAUGAAGAAGAGGGAUAGAUCUCUCACCUUUGUCGGUUACCUGCAAGGAGCAGCAAUUUGCAUCAUUGGCGAUGUCAGCGCAUUGUGGGCUGUGGCAUGGAUGACGGGCAAACUAGACAUCGAGAGAGAUAUGGAUGAGAUGGAAAAGGAAUGUGACCUCCUCAAUGCGUUCAUCAAACGAAGGUAUCUCAAUGCCGGUCGAGAGAUCCCAUACCUCCCAUUCGAGUGGAUGACGAUUCUUAAUUAUAUGCUGGAAGAGCUCGAGGUAUCGCUACCCGAAGCGGGUGCCUUGACACCUAGAUACCCCAUCUUUUACCGCGGAAUCGUGGAGAAAUGGCUCGCUGUACACUCAUGA